AGACCGUUGUCCCGUGGGGGUGACCGCAGCCAAGGUCAGAAGUUCAGAAAUCAAGGCAACUGUGCGCUGUCAUCUCUCUCCACAGCGCCACAAUUCCCGUUCAAAGGCAUCACAUGCAGGCUCGACGCCAACAGACACAACAAGGCGUGGGGGAGCAGAGCUCACUCCAAACGGGAAAGCGCCGUCCGCUUUUGCAUUUCCAGAGUCGGGGUCUUCCUGAUCUUUACUGGGGUUGGACCAGGGUGGCUGAGUACAUUUCUAAAAGGCGGCCAGGCGGCAUCUCAUUCUGCAAAGGAAAGCAGGAGAGGUUCGAAGAUGAGUUCCAUCGAGGGUGUUGAGCUAAAGAUCAAGCAAGUGGAAGCAGAGAUUACGGAAGUGAAGGACGAGAUUAAGGUUGUCAAGGCACAAGCCGAUGGUGCAGCACUGCGUCUGGCUCUAGAGCAGCGUCUGGCCUCCCUGCAGCAGAGUUGGAACCUUCUGCUUGAGGAGAAGGCUCGGCUGCAGCCAGCAGGGGUUCCAUCCAUACCCAAAUCCAAGCGGCUCAGGUACGACGAAACAGCGGAGUCCGGGAGUAUUGCAAAGGAGCUGGUGAAGAAAAGGAAGGUAGAGACUGGAGACGUGGGAGCUGAUGUCUUGAACGGCUGGAGCAUCUUGCCGCAGGCAAAAGUCUUGAGAACCCAGGAUCUCCGGUUGCUGGUGGUGAAAGUUGAAGAGAAGCUGGGGGUUGCUGUCAUGGGUCGGUCUCAGUUCAAGGCCUUGGUAGAUCGCGCAGUCCAGCUGAUGGACGGACAGCUGCCGAGCGGUGGGCGUAAGAUCCUCGUGCACGGGCCUGCAGGGUUUGGCAAAACGCACCUUAUCCUGCAACUGGUGAUCUACCUUGCAGCAGCAUGGGAAGGAAAGGAGCGGCGCGUGGCGCCAAUCCUGGAUUGUGGAUACUUUAGGGAAAAGAGAGUUGAGGCGAUGAAGCAGGCCCUUGCAUGGGCGUACGCCGGGAAUGAGGAGAUGAUCGAAGAAAUUGCAAGCCUGAACUCAAUGGAAGAUCUGGAGGACUUCCUGAGCAAGAAGGAGGAGGAACUCCUCUGGUGCCUGGAUCAGUACCAGGAUCUCUUCGCCGAUCCAGGUGCAAAAAAGGUGUUGGAUGCAAGUCUCCGCUUUUUCAGAAAAGUUGUGGUCACGAGCGCAGGGGGUGAGGAGCAUACGAAAGAGAACGAGACGCUGCAUAAGGAGGCCUACAUGUUCCCAGUGCACGAUGGGCUCACUCAGGAAGAGCAAAAGCUGUACGACCUCAUCUACGGGACAGAGUGCUCCACCCCGGCUGUCCAACGCCUUGUGAGGGAAAAGCUCGGGGGAGUAGCAGGGUGCCUGGCGGAUUGGCACGAAGCCUACUACCAAAGACGCGCGGGGGAAUACCUCGUCCACAGCGUCUUUGGUGCAAGCCCAAGGUUUGAAGUGGGGCGCUUGGAACCGGUGAAGGGAGGAGAACUGCCCGGCAGCGUCGGGAAGGGAAACGCACGGGGAGGAGCAUUGGGGACCAAGGGGGGGGAUGAAGGGCGCGCAGCGGGUGUGAAUCCGUUUCGGCAGGCGGCGGGCCCGGAGGCGCACGAGGAGGCUGAGGCGAGCUCAGCGGAUGCUGGAGGGGGCGGGGCCAUCAGGUCGGAAGAAUCUCGCAAGGAGGGGGGGGCUGAGAGUGAGCAGACUGGGGAGAAGGCGAAGUACGACUGGGCGGCCUGGGAGCGGUUCUUGGAGUGUGAUCGGGUGGUGCAGAUAACCAGGAGCCUCGAGCGAAUCUACGAGAAGGUCAAAGCGAAGGGGGGGGAAAAAGUUGAGAAGUGGAUCCGCCAAAUGAAGAAGAUGGUUUACAACGAGUCGUUUGUCGCUUUCGAUCUCACUGAUUGGGACGAAAUCGAUUUGCGGAAUGUGGCGGUGGAGGGGGGCAGAGUGCGGCCAGCGUUUCCGCUAGUGCGAGAGGCGAUCGCGCACUUCGUGGAGCAGGUGCAAGGGCGCGCUGUCUUCUACAGUGAUGUGGCAGUCUGGGCCACUCUGAGGUCCGAGCUUGAGGGGGAGCGGGUACCUGCGGUAGCUGGACUGCUUGCGGAGCGCUGUGCCAUAGGUGCGAUCGUCGACGGGGGGGGCUACAAGGCAGUGCUUCAGGACUCGAAGGAGGAGCAGGUCAAGCUGGUGUUCUUUGAGCGCGGCGCAGAGGCCCCUGCUGUCCUGACCGAAAUCACGGACUUUCAGAAGAGCGGACUGGGGGCGCGCAUUGUCUGCUUUGUGCCUCGGACGCCAUUCUACCCCGCCAUGGAUAUGGCCAUCCUGGUGCUCAAGAGGCGUGGGCAGGAGCUUGGGUCCGUUGAUCGGCUCACGAAAGUCCAAGUGACGCUGCAGUCGGCGGAGGAGCAUGGUCACUCGAGCCAAACGGCGAUGCAUAUUAGCAACAUCAAGCCGUGGCUGGGCGACGCGGAGCUCGAGUCUGUGAAGGUGACGUUCUGCUACGUCGUGCCAGGUGAUCUCAUCACGAAUGGGGUUUCUCCGCACACUAAGCAGAAGCCAGCGCAGUUGGGGAGCACACGAGCGCAAGCAGGAUCUGUACAGAUUGUUGCACACACGCACGCUGAAGUGGCGUUCGGCGCGCUAGAUUCACAGCUAGGACUGGUGGACAAGUGGAAGCGGGGGGGGAGAUAGUUUGGUACUAGCGAGACUUGUUAAGCCCCUCCGAUCGCGACCGUGCAUUCUCCCGCUCCCUUUAAAGUUGUGUGUAGGGUAGGGUGGGGCCUUUCCUGGGGUCACACCCAACCCCAGACCCCAUAAGCUUCCCUUCUAAUGGAUUCGGUGUUGCGCGCAACAUUGGGGCCUUCGCUGGGGGAUACUCAAAUCAAAUGCCUUUUCAAUCCCUGAUUGCCGCUUUGAUACUCAGACUCCAUUUGUGAGCAAUUCCGGGGGUGAUUCUAUUACAAAUACUCUUUGUUUGAUAUGACAUUAGUGGAAAGGCU